UUAAAUUUUCGGAAACUGACCAAUCGCAUUGGUAAGAUAUAUUUAGGAGGUAGGAUAUCUUUGGGAUAUCUUCUGGACGUCAUUUUGAUAUGCAUGCUAUGUGGCUUCAGUCGCCGAGAAAUUCAGGAAACAUGUAUCGGCUCUUUGUGACGAUGACGGUAAUCACGGUAAUCAACUUCGCGUCAAUCAACGCGAAGUCGUAUAGAAUUCCGUUAUACAAGACAUCCUCCGUUGAAAAAUCUUCGACGGAGACUAUGAGACGACUCCGUUCGGGUCCGGAAGCCGGCGUACCUCUGAUUAAUUUCAAAGAUGUUCAAUACUACGGUACUAUCGAAAUUGGAUCUCCACCGCAGAAGUUUAAAAUAAUUUUCGACACUGGUUUCUCAGAUCUCUGGGUACCAUCCAAAAACUGCAACGUUAGCCAACGUGCUUGCUAUUCGAAUCAGUGGUAA